AUGCUGAUUGAUCAGAUUAUGCCCUGGUGUCGGUUGUUGAUCCGCCCAGUGGUACAUGGCAAAAAGACAGAGGGCCAAAACCACAUCAAAAUCUGUUGGUCGUGCCCCGUGUACAAAAAGAACCCGGUUAGCCUCGUCAAACCAGCCGGAUUUCCUGGCCCGCUUUCGUUCGGCGAUGAGGUUGAGACUCGGCUCGGGUCUUUCUGCGCCCGUACUUUUCUUCGCGUGCCUUUCUUCUCAAGUGUCACGAGGAUAUGGCUUGAGCUUGGAGGAAGUGACCGGGAGGGCAGGACCACCUGA